AUGGCUAUUCCAAAUUUGACUAAUGACCUCCAAGGUAUCGAUCUGGCUGGUGGUGUUGAGCCGUCGCCUUUUCCCGCAAAGACAAAAGAGGUCGCAGGACUUGUCAAUGGCGUGCCAACGGAUUUAACAUCUAUGUACUUUUCAGACAAGAUUCUAAUCACUAUUUCACAAGGCGGCCGGCUGGCACAAUGGGUUCAAGUACCAUUAUCGUCGGCAUCUCCAACUUCAUUCGAUACUGCACUACCCUCCGAGGAUUCAGAUAUGUUACCCAUGGCGCACAUCACCCCAAAAACAUUACUCGGUGCUGGUGGUGACCAGCGAGAAACAAAUGGACACCUUUAUGCCAGUCAAAUUGCAACGGCUAUUAUGAAGAGAAAUCCUGAAGAGACACGUACCAUUUUAGUUGGCUUUGGACUGGAAAAGGUUGACACCAAGCGGGAAACGUUUUUCGAUUUGAUUGAGCUGGUGCACAAGGUUAUUUGA